UAAAAAACGAAAAAGGAAAAAAAAUAUUAUCUUUUCCCGGUGGUCGUAGAUCGGAUCUGAAUCAUCAGAAUUCACAAUUCAUAACCAAAUAAAUCUCAGAACUCAUAUUCGAUCGAUUCCAGGCGUAAGCAGGGUUUUACAAUCACGCCGAAAAAUAUGAAAGAAGCGAAGUCUGCGAAGUUGAAUCAUCAAGACAACAAUGAACAGAUCCACCACGAAAACAGUCACUUGGGUUCCUUCAAACUCGCCAAAUUAUUCGACUCAGAAGCUUCCUGGGACAAGGAUCAACUAGGAGAUGUGUUGCAUUGGAUCAGACAAGUUGUUGGGUUACUCUGCGGUUUGAUUUGGGGUGCUAUUCCUUUGGUUGGUGGCAUUUGGUUACUUCUGUUUCUGGCGAUCUCCUCAGGCAUAGUAUAUGGUUACUAUGCAUUGAUUCUAAAGGUUGAUGAAGAAGACUAUGGGGGACAUGCAGCUCUUCUCCAAGAUGGUUUAUUUGCUUCUCUAAGUGUAUUCCUGCUUGCGUGGAUUCUGGUGUAUAGCUUGUCUAGCUUCUGAUAGAGACGCUACUGUCUUGCGCUUAAGUUUUGCUUUGGUCUGCUCGGAAGAAGUGUAGCAGAACGUGCAUUUACGUGGUGUCUCCGAUUACAUUCUUGCUCUUGAUGCUUUUGUAUUUCUUAAGAUGGGAACUAGCAUUGUUAGAUCUUGUGAGUUUAGUUUUUUUUUUCCAACUAUUUUCUUUUUAUUUUGUGUUACAAAAUGGUAAUUUUCAGAUUUCUCUAAAUUUGGGGCAAACAAAUUCAUUGGGAUCGAACUGUGUUCUAGCUUAUUCUGUAUAAGAUAAUCGAGAAAGUGUUAAUAAGCUCGAUAAAAUCCAACUGAAAUUGUAUCAAGCAUACGUUAUUCCAUCAUAUAUUUCGA